CGAGCCGCUGCGACGCACUCGCUGCUGCCGAGUGCCCAGUCCUGCUGCUUUCCCAUCCAGGUCAAACAUUUCGGCCCCCGCGCCCGCUGAGCUGCUGACACAGGAAUCCGGCGGCAUGAGGGAACAGCAGGGCUCCGGCGAAGCGGCGGGGCGCCGGGGCGGGGCCGUCAGGUCGCUGCUGGGCGUCGAGCGCCGGUUCGCGGAGGGCGGCGCCGAGGGGGCGGCGGGGGUCCCCUCGGGGAAGCAGGCGGCGGGCGCGGGCGCGGGCGGUGCCGAGGAGGAGAGGAAGGCCGUGGUGAGGGUGGUGGCCGCCGACAUGCCGCCCGCUCUGCAGCGGCGCGCGUUCCGCUGCGCCCGCGACGAGCUCGCCGCGAUGCCGCACUACCCGCGGCGGCUCGAGCCCAAGCGCCUCGCGCUCGCGCUCAAGAAGGAGUUUGAUACUGCAUACGGGCCAGCUUGGCACUGCAUCGUGGGGACGAGUUUCGGUUCGUAUGUCACGCACGCCCGGGGUGGAUUCUUGUAUUUUUCCGUCGAUAAGGUCUACAUCCUGCUCUUCAGGACGGCGGUGGAGCCCUCACCUCAUUGACGGUCAACACCACUAGACAAAUGGUUCAUGAAUGCGCAGCUCUUGGGGGCAGCCCACACCAAAUUCAGCUGUUCAGUCAGCUAGAACGAGGCUUUUAACUUGUAAAUUGCAUUGUUUCUUCGAAGGCAAAUGGAAACUCCUUAUGGUUCUGAUAAAAUUUCGAUUUGUUGAUGUCA